UAUAUAUUCUAUAAAAUAUAGAUUGGUAGUACAGCGGCGGCUCUUUUUGUACCGAGAGAAGGAGAGACAGUGUACAUAGCUACUUUUGAGCGAUUAGAUUGCGCAACGAUAGUAUACUUUCCAGAAUUGCAGUAAACCGAAGAUACAUCGUUGAGCAUCCUUAGUCUCGUGGUCGCAAGUAAUUUAUAUUUGUAACGAAAAGGUGAGCUUGUUGGUGAAAAGACUAAAAUGACGACAAUUUGCACUUCGCUGAGGCAGCGAUUCGUUGGUUGCCAAAAUUUACGUACACUCUAACAAAGCCUCUCGCUCUGGAGAAUCGAUUACUUUGCUUGUAACCAGGUAAACAUUACAUUAUUGUUUUUGUAUUUUUUUUUUGUAUUAAGGAUGAAAAUAUGUAGUGACGGUGACGUAAGUAGGAAAAUUUGUACAUGCAGUAUGGCGAAUGUUAACAUUUGUCUUGAGUAUUUUAAAGCAAACGGUAUGUACGUAUAUCGAUCAAACCUCUCGAUUGGAAUAUUUCAAGAUUUACAGUCGACUGAAUCUUAUAUAAUAAUCGCAAAAAUGUGCAAUGCAAUCGUCUCGUAAACGUAAAACAAGAAUGCCAGAAAAUGAGAAACAGAGCGAAAAAGUCAAUUAAAGUUUGAAAAAAAGUUGCCUACAAAGAAAAAAAUAUAUUGACUAUAGUACACAUGCCGCAUAAUCCAAAGAUAAAACAAAGAAAAGACAACCGAUUCUUAAUAAAAAUUUUAUGGCGCACAUACAAUGUGCUAUGUAGUUCGACGACAACGAUGACGACGAUGAGAGAAACGGAAGUAGACCUCGAUAUAAUAUAACUUGGCAACACUGUUGGCGUCCAAUGGAAAACUUGUCCGGAAGUCGAGCGUGGGGGUACUGCGCGCGCGUGUUCCACGCCCGAACUGUGCCGCUCUCUACAAGUUCCGUCUACAUUGGACUUCGAGCCAAUCAGCUUGCAAAUAGUAGCCAUCUUGGUGUGGGGGGGAGGGCUCGACACCAGAUAGACGACUGACGCCAGCCACAACACAUGGAAGAAUAGACGAAAUAGCUUAUUGUACUCAAACGAUUAUUUUGCGUUUACUUUGGUUGGUGCUGUCAACGCUGUUAGGAUUGAAAUAAUGCCGUAUGAUUGGGUCAAUAAACUGUGCCAAAUAUGUAUUUAAGCAAAAGGUACUGUUGACAAAUAAUGUACUACGGAAAUAAAUAAUUCAAUGCGUGAUAUGAGUGAAUGGAGAGUAGUCAAUGGAAGAGAGUGAAUCUCAAGCAAAAUGGAAGCGUACGACCGAAAGAUUCGCGAUAUGCAACAGUAUCUUCCAUUUUUGGAAGAGAAAAUACAGCAGAUAAAAGAUAUCAAAGCAAAAUCCCCUUAUCCCGACGAGGAGAGAGAAAGCAAGCUUAAUAAGUUCAAGCACAUGUACAAGAUACUCACAAAUCGGGAUCCUAAAAAAAAGUUGGUCCUUGUAACACUCGAAAAGUUCGAAGCAGUUAUUCGAAGGAUACAAGAACAUGAUUAUUUGGAAAGUAGACGUGCGAGGCACGAAAAUGCAAGAGACAUCAAUCCAUUUCACAACCCGGAUUCAUACCGCGCGAGCAGCAGUUCUAACACUGCAAGCAGUGUCAGCUGUUUGGGCGUUAGCAGCAAUCGUUACUCGCGCCCGAAGGUCAGUGAGGACACACCAGCCUCGCCAAGUCCACCAGACAGUCCGCCACUUUACAGCGCGGCGACCUCAACAGCGCCAAUAAUCAUCCCGACGGUGCGAGAACCAUCGCCACCACCACCCCCGAGUAUCACAAGGCCGCGUAUUUACGAUUCGUCGCCACCGAGAUCCUCAACUUCAUCGAGUACGUCGUCAAGUACAAGGGGAACUAGUCUCUUUACUAGGAACCCAACUCCACCACCGGUUAUACCAAAAAUCGUACCCAUCACUAGGGUCGAUGUGAGGGAAAUAGGUCCACUCGAGUGGGACACUGAUGAGGAGGAGGACAAGAUGCAAGAGAAAAGGUCCGAGAUAGUCAUUCCCAAGCCCCUGGAUGUCGUUAGCGCAGCUAAACAAAUUAGUGAAAAGCUGACACUAAACAGAAAAGACGACAUCAAGCACCUUCACCAUCAUCGAGACUAUGAUCAAAAACGUGGUUACGAGCCGAAGCGUGAUUACGAAUCAACGCGUGACUAUGAGCCAAGGCAUCAUCCAUCGGACAACAUCCCAACGGUGCAAGUACAAGCUCUAGGCGGUUCUCGCCGAUUGAGUACAAUCAUCGAGAAAACGAAUCUUUUGAACAACGCUGUCAAUAGUCUAUUGUCAUCGUCGCAAAGACCACAUCAAACUCCAUCUCCACACAUGAACGUACCAACAGAGGCGUUACGUUCACCGGAACCACCAGAAGCCAUUCACGUUCGACCUCCAUUGUCAUCACUUCCAAUGCCACCGACUCAUUUUUCAUCACCAAAACGCGAUUCAGCGCCUAAAACUCCGUCUUUGCUGCUUAGCGCGCCACCAACGAAUUCAAGGCUACCAAUCGCCCUGGACGACAUCGCUGAGUUUCUCGACGACAAUGAACGGAGUUACCUUGAUAAGAGACCUGAUAAAGCGAGAUCAACCGUCAGGGUUCCAGGUAGUUCGCAGUCUGUUCUAAUGAGUCCUAGGUCUGAAUCUAGCUUGUCGCCUUGUCUCACAGAUUCUAGGAUACCGCAAGCAGAUCCUCGAACUCGUCCUAACGCCGAUCCACGUAGCGCACACACGAUGCCACGUUAUGCCGAUAAUUACGAACGGCAUAAGCGUACUACGUCUCAAGAAAUGGGCAUGCCAUCAGUUGAUUACAAUCGUCAACAACAGCAACCACGACCCGGUCAGUAUAGCGAAUCGCCGCAAAUGGUACCACCACCACUGUCUCACAUGCAUGCAGCACCCGCGUCUGUGCCUCCUGUUUCUGGUAACUACGGCGCAAUGGUUUCCGGGACGCAAAUGCCUCCUCACAAUCAAAUAAACUACGACUAUCGAAUGGGUCCUGAAAGUUACCAUCAGUCACAGCAACAGCAAUCACAACCGCCAUCACAGUGGAAUGGACCACCCCAUAUGGCUACACCAGCUAUGACUUCGGGCUACGGAUCUAAUAUACCGCAGCAACAACAAACUGGCUGGCAAUUUCCACAGUCAGAGCUGCAAAGUCAGUCGAUGAUGAAUGGCGACGUAAGGAUGCAACAAGGCUUCUCUAAUCAUCAAAUGGGUCGGCCAAAUCCACCUCAUGUGCAACCUAUGAUGGCCAACAGUGGUUAUACUACGAAUAAAUAUUCGAGUUAUUCAGACUCACGUGGUGGCUAUGAUCAACAGCAUCAGCAACAGCAACCACCUCUAAAUGAAUUCCAAAGACCACGACCACCGUGGGCAGGAGGUAUGCCGAACGAUCGGGGUUAUGGAGCUAGACCAAAUUCAUCGUUUACACGACCAACGGGUGGACCACCAAGCUGGAAUAAAGAUUCGUCAAGGCUGCCGAAUCGUGACCCUCGAACAGUCGAAAAUAGAGAUCCAAGAAUGUUAUCGAGACAAUUAACGCAACAAUCUUCUUCGUCUCAUGAUCAAAAUAGGUCAAGUAGUCCAGUACUACCAAAACCGCCACCUGGUAAAGAGGUGCAUCCCAACAAACUGGCUAAACAAGCUGCCACUGAAAAAGAAACUGCAGUUAAGAAAAAAGCUGAAAUUCACAAACUUAAGGAUAAGGAUAGAGAUAAAGAUAAAUUUAAACACAAGGAGAAACCAAAAGACAAAGAUCGUACAUCAGAUAAACAAAAGCUCAAACCAAGUAUGAAGUCGCCUUUGACGGAUCUUUAUGGAACCAUUGAUGCCAAGAAAGCUGUCCAAGGCAGUGGCUUGAAUAAGUUUAAAAUUCCUAAAAAGAGGCCUUCUAUUGAUACACAACCCGAGCCUUCGCCACCAGUUGUGGAAGAAGAGAAUUGGGACACCACUGAGACGAGCACAUCCUCAACCAGUCAUGAAGUAAAUAGACCAUGCUUAGUGUCAUCGUCAGUCUCCAAGAGACCCGAGAAAUUGUCAAAGGAAAAGCCCAAAGAAAAGCAAAAGUUAUCGGAGAGGGAAAAAGAGAAAGAAAAAGAAGAGUUGGAUAAACUUGAUAUUCUAAAGACACUCACGUCUGUGCCGAACAUAUCUGAGUCAGAUUUGUCAAUAAUCGUCGAACAGCUUUACAAGAAAUUAUCGAAGAAGAAAAAGAAAACUGUGAUAUACUCAUCCGACGACGAGGAAGAGAAUGAGGAGAGUAGUGACGAGCGUCACUCAUCGAAUAAGAAAUCUGUUAAAAAAAAGAAAAAAAAGAAGCUUGUUAUAGAGUCAUCAUCAGAGGAAUCUUCAGAUUCGGAUAUUCCACUUUCUGAGGUCUCUAAAGAGCAUAAAUCAAAGAAGUCUGCUGAAUCAAAGAAAACGAGUGCCAAAGAAAAAGCUGACGAGGAAAAGAAGAAAGACAAAAUAGAGAAGAAAAAACAUCUAAUAAAAGAGGUCGCAGUUAAUCUUGGCGAAAAGAAGAAUUUGAAACCUAGAAUCAAAAUUACAGCUAUUGAAGAGAUAGCACCCGCAAAAGAACCCGAACAGCAAAUCGAACCACCAGCAACAACGGGAACAGCAGUACCAACAACAGAACAUGAUCCAACUCCAAGCGGGACUGUAACCGAAGCAAUCGAAACAUUAGUUGCACCAAAACCAAAGCCAAAACGUUGCAGAGAACUAGAUGCUCUUCAAGAAGAUCUCAAAUCGAGUUGGAUCUGCGACGGUGCCAUGAAAGCAACCGGCAGCCGUAUCGCCAGUCAAAAGAAGUCACAAGAACAAUCCGAUACAACGGAAGAUGAAACUACGAAAACUACGAAAGGUAGGAAACCAGAGCCUAAGCGUAAACCAGGACCUAAGCCAAAGAAAACUAGCUCCGAAACAAGUCUACUGGUGAGUGACGAAAGCGAAGAGGAUGGUGCAAAAACAAAGAAAUCAAGCAAAGUUCGGGCUAAAGCUCCACCUCCGCUCUUUGACGAAUCGUCCAAUGAUAGUUUAACUCUAGAUGUUGCUGCAGUCGAGCCUAGUUCCGACAUUUCUUUACAUCCGGAAUCUGGCUCUGGAAAAAAAGGGAAAAAAUUAAAGAAGACUUCCAUAGGUGAUAAUGCUGCAGAGUCCUCGUCAGACGAAAGCUUCGUAUCUAAUUCAUCAUCCUUGCUGCUCGAGGGUUCAAGACAUCGCGACAAUAAUGAGGAAGUUCUGGAAGAAUGUAUGAAAGUAUUGGCUACUAAUCCCAAGUACUCGGCGGCUGUAAAAAAAAGACAGGGCAAAAAGAAGAAAAACAGUUGGCAAAUGGGUAUUGUAUCCAAAAAGAAAAAGAAGAAAACCACGGCGGCGAACAAACCCGAUGACACUGACACAAUCACAGAAAAAGACAACGACAGUACAGUAAGCAGCGACAAAAAUCUUUCCCGUACGCAAAGUCUUGACCGUUUGGAGGAAGAUGAGAUAUCCACGUGGAAAUCAACUCCAGAAGAAGAUUUAGAAUUGACGUCACGAAUAGAUUCCGAGGCACUGAUCGGGUAUACAAUGUCCGGUAAUGAAAAGUAUUCGUGUCUGCUUUGUCCGUUCUACGGCAAGGCUAUAGUUCACCACUACAAGACACAACACAUGAAAAAAGAAGUUCUCAUCUCGCGAUACUCAUCACCCGAUGCGAUGCUAGCAAUUGAAGAAGCAAAAAAAUUCGAUUUUGAGCACAACGAAUCACCACUCGUGGACAAAGAAGUGGCUUGUUAUACAUGCAGAUUCUGUAAUUAUAUGACCAAAGGUUUAGAUAAAUUCGCUCGUGACAGUUUUUACGAGCACUGUACUACACACACAGGCGAAUACAGAUUCACUUGUCAACAUUGCGGUUUUGAAUCUGCGUCCAAGGGUUCACUACGCACCCAUUAUUACAAGGAAUGCAGAAAGAAUUCCAACUCUAAGAAUCUUACAGAGGCUAUGCACGAAGAGCCGAUGCCAACGGAGGAUCGAAUUUACGGUUAUCUAUGUUCCAAGUGUAACUUUGUACAGCUACGGAAAGCAAAUGCGGAGAAACAUCUUCGACUCUGGCACUCUAAACCUGGACAAAGUGAUGUAACGAUCAUAAAAAUCGAUAUGUCAUGUAACAUUAAAAGAGAGGACAUACCUAUAAGUAUUAAAACUGAAGAUAGAUUGGUUACACAAAAAGUUGAACCUAAAGAAGAGAACGAUUCUAUUGACACGAGUACCGCGGAUGUUGACGAUACCAAAGAAAAUAUUGUUGUUGAUACCAACAAGACUGCUGAUGAGCCGGAUCUAGAUGUAACAUUUGAAACGAAUGAGCACAAACCGGAAAAAUUCGAGAAAAGCAAUAAUCUUAGUGCUUUUGUUUGUCCAGAAGAGCUUGAAAAUAAGGAUAACGAGAUUAUAAACGAUCGUAAAAAGAAAAUGCAAGAGAUUGCUCAGAACAUACGUAAAGUCGAUAAAGAGCGCAUGUCGAUAAUUGACAAGCUUAGUGCAAAAAUGGAUACGUCUCUGCCCAUUGACGAAGCGGAAGUAUUAUCAGUACCCGAACGCAUGGGAGUUGAUGCUAAUGAAUCGAUGGCUGAAGAUCCGUUGCAGAUUUCUGAGGCAGUAGUUCAAAGCGAAGAAACUGACGAUAUACCUAUCAUUCCUGAUAAUGUAGAAAUUAAGAAAGAUCCGGAUGACAAUGACACAAUUGAAAAAGACAAGAGCAGUGCAAAAAUUAAAGAUCCUUUGGCCCUCGUCGUUACUGCAAAAUCUGCUGAAAGUGAAGAAGAGGGAAGCGACCAUGAAACAACGAGUGGACCCGUUCGUUACGAUACAGAUUCGAGUGGUGAGCAGUCGGAACAUGACGAGCAGCAGAGUCUAGCGGACGUGAGUAGCAUACUACAGGGCACUGGCGAGGUCGCUUCUCCAUCCAAAGGUUUGAUGCUUACGACAAUACAGCGUCUCGCCGCCCAGCUGCAAAGCAAACCACCAGACACGCCACAAUUGCCCGAAGGUGAACCUGAGACUAUUGUCGCUGACACUCCUGAACCCGGUACUGUCAAGAUCAAGAAGGAGAAAACGUCGCCUAUCAAAGCUAAUAAAAAUGCUGCUGUUGAGACUGAGACGUGCUCAAUUUCAUUUACAAAAGUAAAAAAAGAAUUAAAAAAGGAGGCUAAGUCGCCAACGAGAAAUUCUGAAGAACUUCAAUCAGCACAAGAAUGUCCAGCAAACACCGAGGCAACUCAAUCACCAAAACCUGCUACGUUCAUUAGAAUUAGACGGAUUAGCGGUGAUAAGCUUUCCAAAGGCAUCGAUCAAAAUGAAAGCGAAGAUAGGUCUUUAUUAUCGACGAGCUCAGAUUCCGCUGAAAAAGAAGACAGUAGCUUUUUGAAAAUUGCCAAUGUCGUAAGUCUCGCUCCGAACGAAGUUGAUAAUCAAAUUGUAUCGAACAUCCGUAAAGUCGUGGAAACAUCGCCGGUAAAAUCGCUUUCUAUCCUAAAGAAACCAGCAAAUUUCGUGCAAUUGAAACAAGGCCACCGAGUGGUCACAAGCUCGGGAGAGACUGUGAAAUUAAUUCCAAUAAGCUUGUCACCGUCGGCGAGAGGGAACAAAACGGAAAAUAUUUUAUCGAUCGGUGGUCAACAGACCGUGGCAAUAAAAAUUGAUCCGAAAGGCGUGACCAUGCCUUUAGUUUCCACCGCAGGUACUGCUACCACUAGUCUUGUCGACUCGAGCAAUCAACCCAUUAAACUUUUAACAAUCAAUGCCCCAGAGGUGUCGGUUGCCAUUAAAUUGAAAUCGGCUCACGUUUACGAGAAAAUGCUCAAGGAAGACAAGCUUAUUCAUCAAUUCAAAUGUAUGGGUCGUGAUUGCUACUUCAGUACCAGUAGUGAAGGAGCAUUUCACAAGCAUUUACGUUUACACGAAGAUGACAAUAAAGCAUUCGACGCAACGAGGGAUUACUUCAAGUGCGCAUAUUGUUACAUCGAUUGCAAUAGCUACGAAGAGCUCAUACAGCAUCUCAAGAACAUGCACAUUUUCUGUCGAUUUUGUUGCAAGUACUGCUUCUAUCGAGCCUUUGCUUACUCGUACGUGGAAAUCCAUCAAAAGACCUAUCAUCCGAUGAAAAAAGUGCAGAUACUUGUCGUCGGCGAGGAACUUGUGCUACGGCCACCGGCGCCUAAAAGAAUGGAACGCAAGCAGAUCAUUAAGCCUUACGUUUGCGUUCACAAUUGCAAUAAAUAUUUCUUCAUACCCGAAGCUUUUGUGCUCCAUCUAAACAUGCAUCAUAAAAAUAUCACCACUGGUUUUAAGUGUCAUCAAUGCCCUACUCUCAGUCAAGACGUUGAUGGUCUUAUCGAGCAUUAUAAAGUACACAAUUACUUCAAGUUCCACUGUAUGUUUUGUACACACGGUUCAGCUACGAUAAAGGAUCUGCACACUCAUCUCUCUACAGCUCAUUAUAAUCAGCCACCUACUAUCCUUGAAAGAACUCUUCCUCGCGAGAUAUCAAAGAAUAUGAGCGCAAUCGAUCAGCUUCGUAUUCGCGAUGUCGAUCAGAUUUAUCGUCAACGCAAAUCUCCCCUUGAAGAGGACUUAAGCAAGAUGCCCGUACAAGCUUUACCAAUUCUGCCUAAAAUACCUAAUAACCCGAUGACGAUCGUGUCUGGUUCCCCGAUAAUGACAGCAAAGAUUAUAGCUCCAAAUGAUACUUUCGUGCCUCUGAAUACUCUCGACAAUGGUCCUGGAGUUUCAAAUAUUAGAAUUUUGGACGCGAGAAGUCUUAGUGCAGCUCCAGGUUUACUAAGCAUUGGAAAAAACAUUAAGGUGACUGUAACUGACGCGCCAACAUUGACUACCAAAGUAGAUGAGAGCAGUGAAUACGUUACUUCGAAUUUGUAUGAUCAUAAAGAUUUUUUGUCAGGCGUGAAGCCAAAGAUCGAGCAGAAAUCCGUGGAUAAUUCUAAAGCUGAUCACGAUAGUGACUGUGAGAUCAUUGAAGAGUGCAAUCUAGUGACAAGCGCACACUCAUCACCUUUUGUUAAGAAGGAAGAGGAAAAGAAAGAAGAUCCAAGUGACUGUUCAUCCGAACUUGAUGGAACAAACAGCAAUUUAUCCACUAGCAUGAUGUCACAAAACUCUGUAGCUUCCGAACAAUUGUUCACUAUAGACUCGCCCAAAGCGGGUGCUUUUCUUACACUUGACGACAUUAAGGAUACAGGUUUUGCGGGUCGUGAUCUGUUCAUUUGUGGCAUUGAAAACUGCCAGCAACGCUUCGAAACUGCCGAGGCGUUACGUGCACACAUGCAACAGUGUAAUCCAAGCGGUGAUGAUGAACAAGUUACCGACUCGGCUCUCUAUUGCGAUCUUUGCGGACAGCAGAGCAAACGAUUUAUGAAGCCAAGUUUCUACAUCGAUCAUCUCAAGACACACGGUCUUAAAAGGUUCAGUUGUGCCGUGUGUCGUGCGAGAUUUGCCGUACAAAGUCAAGCGCAAUCGCAUCUCCGACAAAAACAUAAGUAUACCAUUUUCAAGAUCGUGCCUGCUGAUCCAACUAAUCCUUCACCUGAUGGACUGUUCGUCAUUCAUCCGAUUGCAUCGAAAGGCAAAAAAUCAAACAAAGCCGAGAAAGAACAGCUCAAAAGUCAGGAUACCCUAGAGAAAACAACUUACGCACCCAACGAAAUCGCAAGUUUGCCAAUGCAAGCAAUUUACAAUCGCGCUGUACAAUGCGCAAUCUGCCCGUACAGCAACAAGGUUCGCAGCAACAUGAUUCGUCAUUUGCAAGCUCAUCUUAAAGACGAAAGUGUCCCUGACUCGAGUCCCGUAAAUCCAGUGCCGUGCCUCGACAAGAAAGAACGUAUGUUUGACAAGAUGGUCAAUCUUGCUAGCAGUUCACAUGAAAAUGGACGCAUGGGUGGUGGUGGUUCUAGUUCAGCUUCAAGCACAGCCUUAAAAGAACCCAUAAAAGCAGAAGACGAGGAGUUUCUGCCGAAAUUUGUUCCAGAAAAUCAGAGAUACGUAUGUGGAGUGCCAGAGUGCAAUUACCUGACUGUUGAGGAGGCAAUGCUGCGUCACCAUCUGAAAGCCUUGCACUCGGACGAGGUGUACUUUAGGUGCCCGCAUUGUCCUGCGAGCACGACGACACCAUCGUCAAACCAACAGCAGGAUCAGCAGCAGUCGCAACAGCCACACAAUAAUAUUGCCCUCGAGAAGAUGAGCGUUCACUUAAAAAUGCACGAUAGCCGACUUUACAAGUGUUCUCAUUGCAUUUACCAUCACUAUCACAGACACGUGGUCGAGCGACACUUAACGGACAAGCAUCCAGAAAAACGGCCAUUCGUCAAAGUAAUCCGCGAACCUCAAACUGAGGAACAAGCCCAGCAAAAUGCACAAGUUCCAUCUUCCUCGUCCACUAAUGCUACUUCAAACCAAGAAUUGGAAGAGACGACAGAUCCCGAUGGUAACACGUGGAAGUGUAAUUUAUGUGACUUUAAGUGCGUGCUGAAGAGCGCAGUUCAGCAGCAUGCCUUCAGUGCUCACGACGAGAAGUGCCAAUUCAAAUGCAACAGCUGUCAGUUCAAGAGCAUUAGUAAAGCAACUUUGGAUCAGCACAUGACUACCAAACACGCAAACGAGCCUCAAGUAGACUUUACCACUGUCUAUCAAAGAAUCAAGGGCUUGAAAAAACCAGAAUCGGAGACAACAGCGCCUACUCAAGACGAACCAUUCGAUACGACACCCUUGUGGCGACGUGAUAUGCCUCGAAUCCGUCAUAUUCGAGGUAUUUUACUGGAAGAAGAAGACGAACUCGGUCCAAAAUCCACGAAACGUAAAUCAACGAAAUCGGCAGAAGACUGUAAAUCGCCAGACGCUAAGCGUGCACGAGUUACCAACGACGACACGGAACGUUUUCCACAAUUACCUGAUGGUGGUUAUGGAGCUCACGGCCGACCAGUUGGCGAAUGUUACUCCUGUCCAUUAUGCAACACCUUCAAGUCCAAGUACAAACAGGACUUUCGUGAUCACAUGUUCCGCGAUUUAAAGUAUUUACGUUGGACGUGUGCACACUGCGACUACAGAUGUGUGACAAGAGGUGCCUUGGUUAAACAUCUCACUAGUAAGCAUCCACACGAGACUACCGAGGUUUCUCCUGGCAGUCCAAAUGAGUCGAUCGAUGAAUGGGUAGCGCAGGUUAUUAAAACGCAGACUGAUAUUUUGAAGUCGAGCAAGGAGGUGCCUAUGGGCGAAGAUGAAGAGAUUGGCGAGGAGAGCGAAGAAGACGAUCUUGUUAUAGAUACGAAGGAUGAAGACGACGGUGAAAAUGACAAUUCGGACGAUGAAAAAGCUACCGGAGAGUUGCUACCCACACCUUUGACUUGUAAGCACUGCCAAGGAAUAUUUACUAAAUGGCGUGGCUUCAAGCGUCACGUUCAAUGCAAGCACCUGAAACGACUUGCAUUCUUGUGUCCGUAUUGUGACUUCAGCAGCAAUAAGGAGGUAAUGAUGCUGAAGCACGUGCGCUCCGAACAUCGCGACCUUCCAGAGAAGAUUGAAGUCAAUCAAAAUCGACCAACCGACGAAUUGACAUCCGAAUUCUGGGAGCGCGAGUAUGGACUUAUCGUACCGAAGCGCACUAAGAAGCGUAAAAGAAAAGACGAGUCUGUACACGAAGAUGCGGUUACCGAUUUCCCUUGUAGCAAGUGCAAUUUCAUGGCAGUCAGUGCUUCGGGAUUGAAGAGCCAUAUGAAGAUUCACGAGAGCAAGGUCAAACAGAAAUGUAUGUAUUGUACUUUCAACAGUUUUGAUUCAUCAGAUAUGAGACUUCACUGGGAGGUAAAUCACCCGCAUCUUGAUUUCAAGGUUGAAGAAGCAAUCAUUACAUCAUCAAUACCAGAUGGUUCGUCGCGCGGUACCAAAAAAUCAAAACUUGGAUCGGAGGAAGCAAAGGCGACGGUUUACUACUGCUUUUAUUGCGAUAUGAGUAGUCAGUCACUCAGUGUGAUCAGAAGUCACUGGCGAAAUGUACAUAGAGAAGAUAGCAAAUCAUCUAUGUUCAAAUAUCGAGAACAUUCGGAAACAAAGGUCAGAUGCGCCUAUUGUGCCGAAGCCGGAACUAAGAAUAUUUUGGUCAAUCACAUAUUCAAUGUUCAUGGUACGGACAAACAAAUAUUACUAGUGGAAAGAGACGAGGACGGAUGGAUGUGCAAUUGGUGCCAAGAAGACUUCUUCACAAACAAAGACGAGAUAGAUUAUCAUCAUAAAAUGUUCCACUCACAUCUGCAGAUGAAGCUGAAAGUCGUACGACGCAUUUUCCAAUGUAAAGAAUGCCCUUUUGACACUCUUUCCAUCGAGACAAUGCAGAAACACGCGAAGGCCCACUUACACGUCUACAGGUGCAAAUACUGUGCUGAAGUUUUCAAGACAUUUGCGGCUGUCAAGAAUCACUUCCGAAUAGCACAUCCCGAUCGAGAAACUGAAACCCGUACGAUAACUAGUGAAGAUCUCAGCAGAGAAAUCGAUCGAUUUAUCGGUGAGACGGCUGUAUUCAGUGACGUCCAACUCACACCCAUCAGAGUUGUCUCACCAGUUAAGUCACCACCAGUCAAAUCGUCAUCAGCUAAGUCCGUUCCCACAAGUCCAAGAGUAGCCAAAAAAUCUACUACCAAGCAAAUUGUAUCAAUGAAAUUGUUCCCCGAGAAGGUCAAAGCCGUUGCCAGAAAGUCAACUACCCAAUUGCCAAGAAAACCUUUAGGCGUACAAAUGAUAAAAUAUCAAGGGAGAGAAAAUAGCGACGAUGAAGAUGAGAAACCAAAAUACGUCUCACAUUAUGGACGAUCAGCCAGUCCUAUUAAUUUGGCCAGUUUGAGUAUUACAAUGGCUGUUGCCGGUUUGAAGAUGAAAGUUGACUGCUCUAAACUUGCCGAAUUAUUCAACAUGAACAUUAAUCCGACUGUUAAAGUUGUGGACUUUAGGAAAGAACAAAGCGAAACAAAGCAUUAAGUUUAAUGGUUUAUCUACAAUUUUAGUUUCAAAUUUUGUUAGGAAUAACCCCUUUUCACUAUUUACAUAUUUUCCACGAUUUGUUGAUUCUCAUUUAAAGUUUGUUAAUAUUUAGAAUUUAUUUAGAAAUUUUUUUUUUUCGAAACUGAGCUCCGCUGUCUCACAGGGGAGAAAAUUUUUGUUUUAAUUAAUUAAUUAGUAUUGGGGAUUUUUCGAGUGUUUUAGAUAGGCUCUUGUAUUUACCAAUUUUGGUACGAAACUAUAAUUCUGUUGAUAGCGAAAACAAUUACUUUGUUCAAAUAUCAAAUCACAUCUCAGAACUUGCAGUCUAAACGUUAUGGUAGAAAAAUGAUACAUUACUAUGCUGCGUUUAACUUUUUACAUGCAUUAUGGACAACAAUACAAAUGAAAAUCGUGUUUAUUUCAAUGAAUGGGUGUAUUGCCGCUGGAAAAAUUACGUCGAGGGUUUCGAAAUAAUUUAACCAAGUUAAGUACACGUUUCUCCUAUUCCAAGUUUAUUUUUAUAGUUAAACUAUAACUAGUAAUAAAGUAAAUUAAAUCACAACCAAUUUUUUUUUACCAUUUGGACUGUAGAAAAGAACUUGGAAUAAGAAAAUAUGAGCUUAAAACCUGCUUCAAUAUUUUCGUGACUCUGGGAGCAACUUACCCAGCAGAAAUGCUGAAUUAAAUAGAUAUUACGUCCUGUUAAUUAAAUAAUAAUGUAGUAUAUCGUUUUUCCUGUGAAUACAUGUAGGUGUAAGAUAACGAAUUUGUAAUUUCUAGUGGUAAAAUUAGAUAAUAUUUUAGGUAGCUUUUGUAAUGCCGGGAGUUAAGUAAUAAGCGACUGUAAAUGUUUUCACGAUGCUCCCAUAAAAUAAACUGAAGAUUGUAGUUGAUAACUGUAAAAGAAAAAUGAAUUGUACUUUUUUUUUAUCUUUUGUUUUUGAAUGAUUGAAGUGCGAUUCAUUAUACUAAGUAUUCGAGAUGUUAAACCAUUUUAAAUACAUACUGUACACACAGUAACAUGCUUUGAAUUACAAAUUUAAUAAGUAAAUAAAAAGAUUUACUUUUGAAUGUCUGUCGACUCGUGAAGACUGAAGUGUUAUUAUAUUAAGAGAACACUAACGAGAGACGUGUAAAUAAGAUGUA